CGGAUUCCCGAAAGCCGACCGCUUGGGUCAUUGGUUGAGCAGUAUAAAAGCGUUGGUCUGGUUGUUGAAGCAUUUGCAACUUUUGUGCUCCACAUUGCUGAUUAUUAAGUGUCUUGUAUACACCUUGUGUAUUGACGAGACUUUCGGACGCGUUACUCUCUACACCAUCUGGUUAUUCUGCUUGGGAUACUUGGAUUUGCAGCAGUCCCCCUUUUUCGCCAUGCUCGAACUGAUAGCAAGCCACCCAAUUUUGACAGCCGUAUUGGCUAUAGUUAUUGGUCUAGUUCUCUUGUCCCAGCGCACCACAAAGUCGACUUUACCUGGCCCGAAACCAUGGCCUAUCAUAGGAAGCCUCCCACUUGUAUACCCUUAUAUGCGCCAUGAACAAGGCUGGCGUAUGGGCGAGAUACUGAAUGCAACAUAUGGAAACAUUUUUGAGAUCAGAAUAUUCUCGCGGCGGGAAGUAGUGGUCUGCGAUGCCGAUCAGGCCAAAAGGAUACUGGCUGGCACAGCAGCCGGAGAUCUUAGCAAAGCAGAGUUUUGCAGAGGUUCUCUGUUACAACGGAUGCACAAGGAUUUUGCCCACUAUGGUCUCUUUGUAAUUCCUUCCGGUCCUGACUGGAAGAAACAUCGAAAGUUUCUGCAGCCUGCGUUUGGCCCGCAUCACUUGCGUCUUUCUACGGAAGUUGCCGUUGAAGUCACGCGGUCUCUAACUGAUCUCUGGGAUGGGCUCCUCAAAAACGCUUUGGCAAACGGAAAGAAAAGCAUCACUGUCAACAUCCACGAAGCAUUCUCGAACCUGACUUUGGAUGUCAUUGGCAAGGUUGCAUUCUCGUACAAUUUCAAGUCGAUUGAGUUGAUGAACGAUGCAGUCGCCCACAAGGACAUGUUUCUGAUUAAUGAGGUAUUUGCUACGGUUAUAAAGCGUUUCGCUGUUCCACCCUUUUUGUGGUCCUACUUUGGUCUUGGGGAAAAGGACGCUCAAAAAUCCAUCAAGUACAUCAACACUAUCCUUCGCGAUGUUAUUGAAAAGAAACGCGCGCGCAUGGCAUCACCGGAUGCAGAGGAAAAGAGUAAAUGGAAUCUGGAUUUACUGGAUAGGCUGCUGGAUGCUUCCAAGGGUGGUGGAGAGGAUUUCACAGACCAGGAGAUUAUGGACGAGGUCUUUGCGUUUUUCCUAGCCGGGCACGAAACAACUGCCAACGCUCUCACCAAUGUCUUUUGGGAACUAUCACGUCAUCCUGAUAUUAUGGCCAACAUCGAACAAGAAAUCAAUGAUGUGCUUGGACCCGAUGGGGAGCCUAAUCAUGAAAACCUUGCAUCUCUAAAAUACGUUGAACAAGUCGUGAAAGAGACUCUUCGUCUUCACCCAGUCGUUAGCGGCAUUCCCCGUGAAGCCAAUAAAAACGUUGAGAUCAUGGGCCACCAUGUUCCUGCAGGAGCCACCGUGUUUGUGGCUAUCCGCCAGAUCCAUAGGGACACAAGAUAUUGGGAUCGGCCACUCGAGUUUGAUCCAUCGAGAUGGGACAAUGGGUUCAAUCCACGCGCUGGGACGUAUUUGCCGUUUGGUGAUGGACCAAUGAACUGUAUCGGCCAAAAGAUUGCCAUGAUUGAAUCCAAAGUCGCGGUGAUCCAGCUUGUUCGAAAGUACAAGUUUACCCUUGUACAAGAACAGUCUUUUAGGAUUCGUUCCAGUAUUACGACUGGUUUUAAGGAUGGGUUGUUUCUGGAAGUGUCCCAUAAGUAGACGCCUUGGUAGGUGGCAGAAACUGACAUUUUAUUAGGCACACAUGUUUGACAUUGUAGUAUUUUGCAUAACGGAGGGGUAGGAUUUCAUUGGUCUAUAGUCGUUUCUUGUGCUGAAUAUAUUUUGAUGUACUUUGUGACCAUGGAACGAACAAAGCAGCCAUGCC